AUGCAUAGGGUUUUAAGCCGUAGACAGAUCCUUCGAUGCAUGGGCAACAAUGGAGUCUGUCGACCCUCUUGCAAAAAGGAUGAACAGCCCUACUUGUAUUGCAAAAAUUAUCAGCCAUGCUGCCUCCAGUCCUACAUGAGGAUAAACCUUUCCAGCAAAGCUGACAGUACUGGCUGGUCUUAUGAGAAACAGUGGCCAAAAAUACCUUGA